UUUCAAUUGACGAUUGACUGUUCUGCGACCAGCAGACCAGACGCAACAUUGAGCAAGUCAUAAGAAUAAACCCAGUAAUUCAGGAGGGAAUUGUGCAACUGCACAAUUUAUUUACCUGUAGUUUGGUAGUAGAUUUAUUUGUCACCAUGGCAUAUCAGCUUUACAGAAAUACGACGUUGGGAAACAGUCUCCAAGAGAGCCUAGACGAGCUUAUUCAGACCCAGCAGAUAACACCCCAGUUAGCACUUCAGGUUCUGCUCCAGUUUGACAAAGCCAUCAACACAGCGCUUGCCAAUCGUGUUCGCAACAGGGUCAACUUUCGGGGGUCACUAAACACUUACAGAUUCUGUGACAACGUGUGGACGUUUGUUCUUAAUGACGUGGAAUUCAGGGAAGUCACUGAUUUGGUGAAGGUGGACAAAGUGAAAAUUGUUGCCUGCGACGGGAAAAACACUGGCUCCAACACUGGAGAGUGAAUCAAGAGAUGCAUUGGUCAAACUGUUACUGAUGAAGCUCUUGUCACAGACAGGACUGUAUAUAUAAUUUAUUACAGUUAUUUCUGUAAAGAUGAAUACGUAUGUGUAUAUGUAUAUAUAUACAAUCUUCAUCAAAGGGAGUGAUUGUAGAAUGAAUGGACCAGACAAUUGGCCGCGGGUACUACAUUACUUUUUUAAUGGGUUUUCUUAGAACUGCCUUUUCAGUUUAGUUAAUGUUGUGGAGCUUGAUAACUUUAAUAAACUUUUAUUUAAAAAUAA